AUGGAGGUCGCGCUCAAGACUACCAACAAUGCCGUCAAGGUGCGAUUGCUGUUCUUGCCCGGAGAGACCGCUUGUACUGAUGACACAGACCUUGCCUGCUCCAGGGAGUUAACAAGACGACGGCGAAGAGCGUACCGGCUUUCCUGAACAAGCUCUUUGCGCAAGUCGUGCCCGGAUAUGUCCCCACUCGACUCGGCCGAAGCCCUUGCCUGACCCCCGAUUGUUCUCUACUGUACAGUAUGGUCAAUGACCCCGAUACGGAUGACUACAUUUCUUGGUCCAAAGAUGGCGACUCGUUUCUCAGUGCGUGUCUGAACCCGGCCGUCGUAACGACCGAUAUGCUGACCUCCGGUCUCUCGCAGUCCCUUCCUCCGAUCGGUUUGCCAAAGAGGUGCUGCCCCGCUUCUUUAAGCAUUCAAACUUCGGUUCCUUCGUACGUCAAUGCAACAUGUACGGGUUCCAUAAGGCAAGUCUAUCAUCAUCACUGGUGUUCACUCGUAGGAGUUCCAGCUCGGGUCCGCGAAGAGGGGUCGGGGGCGAUGUCCCUUGACGGCGAAACGGGCACUCACUAACCGCUGGGGUGUACACGUAGGUUCCAAGUCUACAACAGGGUGUAUUGAAAGGCGAUGACGAAGUUCAAGAACUCCGUGAGUCGCGGUAGGACACACCGAUGAGAUCAUCAACGCUGACCCCCUCCAUUUCUCGACAGUCGAAUUCUCCAACCCCAACUUUCUUCAAGCCCAACCGGAUCUACUGUGCUUCAUCCGACGGCAAAAAUCCCGCAAUGAUGCCGAAGCCGGGGCUCUUGACCUACCGACCCUUCUGACCGACCUGGCCUCGAUCCGCAAACAUCAAACCGCCAUUUCGGCCGACCUGAAGGAUCUGCAGCAAUCUAACCACGCGCUCUGGCAAGAGGCGAUUCAAUCACGAGAACGGCAUGCGCGACAGCAAGAGACACUGAACAAGAUUCUGCGUUUCUUGGCCACCGUCUUCGGCGGGCAAGUCGCCGGAGCCGAACAGGAGGAAUCACCGCCGGGCGGCUCGGGCGUCGUGCUGGAGGAGGAAACGGGUCAGGAGGGCGAGGGGAGUACGAACGGUGCGUCGGGGGGCAAAGGCAAAGGGAAAGGACCGGCAAAGGCUCGUGCGGUCGUCCCCAAGAUGAGGAGUCAGCUGCUGCUGGAGGACGUCGUGGGACGGCAAGACGAUCGAGCGAAACGUUUGCGAACGCUCAGUGCAAGGUUACGUGACCAGGCCGAUGAUGACGAUGACUAUGAUAAGGACGCAGAGAUUGAAGAGAUUCCAUCGUCGAGGGCGAGUGAUGAACUCCCGACGAUCUCGAGUGGUGAGUCGCAAUGGGUGGGCGAUGAAUCCGAGUGUGUGCGGCCAUUGACCUGAUAUCGUUCCCUGCCAUCUCAGCACCUCGCAUGCCACCAACCGCAUCGACAUCACGUGCGCCUACAUCGAGUCAGGCGCUCGUAUAUCCUGGUAACUCACCGGAUGCAUACCGCUUUACGACCAUCCCCACACCCGACUCGAACGGUCUAAACGUGACCUCUGCAACAGGCGACUCCCCUGCUCCCGACUACCACCUGUCGCAGGACGCAAUCGACAACAUAUUUGGGGGCGAUGGAUCGACCUCUUCGGCGAACGAAGACGCCCUCGUUUCCUUUCUACAAUCGCGAUCGCAGUCGUCGGCGACUUCCACGAGUGGCGCAGGGACGUCCAACACGCUUUUCCCCGGUGCGAUCGACAUGCCGAGCUUUCCUCGCACACCAGGAGGCAACAACAUCGACUUUAGUCGCGCGCUCAUGCCUUCUUCGCCAGCGGUCGCAGCACCCACCUCGAACCCUCUAGAUGCGUUGACCUCCGAAACGGGCGCCCUGUUCUCCCACAGCGACUUUUCCCCCGAUUACCGCUCCGCAAUCCGCGAUUCAACCCAGGCGAUCCAAGACGUAACGAAUGAGAAGGCCGAUAUCGAUGCGAGAACCUCGGCGCUCGAAGCUGCGAUCGCUCGAUUGAUGCAGAACUUGCCGGAGGAGACAAGGGAACAACUUAGUCAGCAGACGGGACAGGGCUUGGACGAGUUGAGCACGAGUGGACCUGGGGCGUGGUCGAGUGGAGCGAAUGGGGAUUUGGACCUGGACAAAUUCUUGGCCCAGUACGGUGAGUUCGGUGAGGCGAUCGCAUGGGUAUUGGCGUUACAAUCGAGCUGACGGUCGAAUCUUCGGCACAAUGUAUAGACACGAACCCGACAAGUGGUCAGACGCCGAUCGACUACUCGAUGUACUUUGACCCCGACGGUCCGGGCGGCUCGCCCGGCUUGGGUGGACUUGGCAACUUGCGAUCGAGUGGGCCCCAGUUCCAGACCGGUUUACCAUCGUACGAUGACGAAGAUGAUGAAGAUGAGGAAGAGGACGAGGAGGAAGAGGAGAAGGUCAAGGACAACACCGCGAACGCCGCUAGUACGAGCAACGGGAUCGUGGAGGUGAACCCCGAUGACGAACCUGGGACCCGUGAGACGACGCCAAAACCACGAGCGGGAUCCAAAGCUCCUUCCACGCCCAAAGCUGUAUCCCCAAAAAAGGCUACAACUACCGCCAAGGCGAUGAAGACUACCGGCGCCAAUGCAGCGACCAAGAAGCGCAAAAGCGAGGUGGUGGACGAAGUUGAGGUCGCGACCCCGGGUGGUUCGCGCAAGUCGGCGAGGUCGCGUCGUUGA